AUGCCUCCAUACGUCGUCCCCGAAUUAUCAGUCGAUAGCGUUGUCGUCUCCGAUGGCACGAAGACUCUUGUUGCCCGAGCAUCGACCCAAACCGCCGUCGCAGGCGGAAAAGGAGUCAUAAACCCAGACCACAUCAACAUGCAGGGAUUGCUUGCCCUCUUCGCAAUUUUGGGGGCAGCUUUCGUCAUGGCAACGAUCUGGUUCUUCUUCUGGGCCAAGAAUGGUGGUUGCGUAUUCCGGAAAGGGGAUUGGGAUGACUACAAGUCUACUGUUUUGCGGCGAAAGGGUCCUGAUGGGCGCACGCUGUCGAACGCUACUACGAGCACGAAUCUUGGCGGUGGCACUGUGCGUGGUUAUGAUGAUGAUGGACUCACUUAUACGGAUAUAACGGAAACGGCGACUGAAUUUACCGACGAAAAAUCAAAGGCGCGAGGCGGUCGGAAGAAGAAUAAGAAGAACUUUAAGGAGACGGCAAAGGAGAAGUUGUUACGAAGAACCAAGGAUGAGAAAUGGGAAGGCGAGGCUGAUGACGAUAUGCGUGCUUAUCGUCAAGAGAAACCUGCUCGUGUGGGUGGUCUGAAUCGGGAAGCUGAGGGCACAUAUUACGGAACGGAAUAUACACCCAGUUCUCCACCUACCGCAUAUACAGAGAGCGAGGUAUACCAUGCGCCACCGCCAGAGGAAGAACGUCGUCGCCGCGAUACUCGCAACGCGUCUGGAUUCUCGUUCACAGCCGGCAGCGAAGAUGUCAUCAGCCAAGCGACGGAGGAACAUCUCAUUCGCGACCCAGCACAGACCCGUCGAGACACUCGUCGCCAACGCCGAGAGCGUGAAGAGCGCCGAUCUCGCCAGAACAGUCCUCGCAAACAGCAACCCUCAAACAAUCGCACAUCUAUGCCUGGCGGAUACACUGAGCCAUUGGAUUUCUCGUCUCGAGGUACAAAUUCCGAAUACCAGUAUUCAACUGUUGAUACGGAGGAUGACCUAGGUACGAGGAGUUAUCAUCAUCCUAUUCCAGGAUUGAGUAAGGGUUACCGUCGGGACAGAGAUGGUGGCGGACGUCGCAGGCGGGAUAGUUUGAGUGAUAGUGAAUAG